AUGCGACCUUCAUCGCCCACAGAAUCCUUAAACGAAGACAUCUUUGAUACCAAAAAGAGUAAUACGCCGUCUUCUUCGGGUGACAGUGGAUAUGGUACAACCAGAGCAAAAUCUAAUAAUAGUAAUCAUAAUAAGAAAGUACAAGAUUUAUUUGAAGCUCUUUUUGCUCCUGUUUCAAGCCAUACAAACACUCCUCCACCUUCAUUAAAAAUACAGCCAUCCUCAACCGUAUCCAAUUCCGGUAAUAAUGUCAAUAGCAAAUUAUCUCUACUCUUUUCCAAAAAGAACGAUCCUCAUUAUGUCAAAUACCAGACUUGGUCCAAUCAUCAAUUACAACACAAUCAAUCCACCCCUCUCUUGAAAAAGGUCUCCAGUAUGCAAGCCAAAGCAUCCGAAUCCAAAUCACCACAGGAUUUGAAAUCUCCCAUGUUAUUUUCUCCCACUGAUACGAGUAAUAUCUUGGAACACUAUGAUGAAAAAAGCACUCUCCUUGCACGCUAUAAAUUAGGCAAUGUUAUUGGUAAGGGACAUUUCGGCACAGUGUAUCGAGCCCUUGAUCUCAUGUCGGGAAAGACAGUGGCGAUUAAACAAAUUAGCCUUGUGGAUUCUCGUAAAAGCGAUAUCGAAGACAUGAUGCAAGAGGCAGCUUUAUUGAGCUCUUUGGGACACACCAACAUUGUGAAAUACGAAGGAUUUAUCCAGACCGAUGAACACAUGAAUAUCGUGUUGGAAUAUGUUGAAAACGGCUCACUUUUAAAUACUUUAAAAUCGUUUGGGAAUGCCUUACCAGAACAUUUGGUGGCUAGCUAUUGUCAUCAUAUCCUGCAAGGGUUAGCCUAUUUACACGGGCAGGAUGUCGUACACUGCGAUCUCAAGGCAGCCAAUAUCUUGACCACCAAAGCCGGUCAUGUCAAAUUAUCAGAUUUCGGCGUCUCGCUUAAUUUAAAAUUGAAAAAUCAUGAAGAUAACAUUGUUUCUGGCACGCCUUAUUGGAUGUCACCUGAAGUGAUUGAGCUAAAAGGGGCAUCAGUUCAAUCUGAUAUAUGGUCGUUGGGCUGUACAGUGAUUGAAUUAUGCACAGGGAAGCCACCUUAUGCAGAUUUAAUUACCAUGACUGCCAUGUUCAAGAUUGUGGAAGACGAGUGUCCACCGUUACCAGAGGAUAUUUCAGACGUAAAGUAG